AUGCUAUGUUCCACUGCUAGAUCUACAUUCUCGAAUUCUAUUCUGCAGAAAUAUCUUUUCUCCAGUUUAAGAAAGCACGUUUUCUAUCGAGCUAAUAGCACUUUGACAAAGACGGAACUUGGGAAGUACGAGGUAUAUUAUAAGAACCUACAAACUGCAAUAAACGAAACGCCCGAGACAAUAAUCUCCAAGUCCCCAACAUUGACUACUCUACACAAGAGAAUAGGCUUGCCCAAAGAGUUUACAUUAUCUAAUUUAUCAAAAUGUUUGACCUGUAGAUCAUCAUUCUCCACUUCUGAUAGUCUGACCAUUACUGCAACAGCAAAACAAGCCGAUAAUCAUGGAUUGAAUAUAUUUGGUAAGAACUUACUGACGUUUCAUGUCACUAAAUUUCUUUUAAUGAAAUAUCCUAGAUUACCUACCGUGGUAUUAAAUGCUGCAAUUAAUGCAUACAUAUCCAAGAAUGUGCUGGCAAAUAUUGCAAGGUCAUGGGGUGUUGAAGUUGAACAGUCUACAAUAAUGAAAAGGUUUCUCAAGAAUGAACCAAUUAGUGUUACCCUAGGUAAACUUAGGUAUUAUAAUAAUGAAUUUAAUAAGGUUGAUGGUAUUGAAAUGAUAUCUAAAUUGAACUAUUCUGAAAAUGAUGCGUUAGCUCUUUUUGUUAGAAGUGUAAUAAGCGUUUUAUGGACAAUAAACGAGCACGCUGCUGUAGAUUUCAUCUAUAAAUACAUACUCAGCAGGAAACUAGAUAUUUCCAAACUAUUUUAUUUUGAAAAUCCUACGAGAGAGUUAGCAAGGCUUUGCGAGAGAGAAAACUUUCAAAAACCGGUUUCUAAACUGAUUGCAGAAUCUGGGAGAUUGUCAAAGGCUCCUGUGUUCAUAAUUGGUGUGUUUUCAGGUGAAGAGAAGUUGGGUGAAGGUUACGGAUCUUCAUUAAAAGAAGCAAAAGCAAGGGCUGCAACUGAUGCUUUAAUGAAGUGGUAUGCAUACGAAGCUGUUCAAAAUAGCAAACAGGAACCUCUAAUAGACCCAGGGACCGUAAUUGUGUAG